CUCGAACCCGUGUCCCUUGCAUUGGCAGGCAGAUUCUUAACCACUGCGCCACCAGGGAAGCCCAAGAUUCUUUCCUGUAUUCAUCCACGUCCACUUCUGAAUCAUCCUUUAUUUUCUCCUGUUGAAGGACGUUUAAUCGGCUUCCGUUGCUAUGGUACUGUGACUGUUCUUGCACCUGUUUUCUUGUGCACCUAUGUGAGAAUUUCUCUAGAGCAUCUUCAGCUUUCCUAGAUAUUGCCAGACCACUCUCCAAAAAAGAUGCGUCACUUUGGGCUUCCAGCAGCAGCCUGAGAAUUCUCAUUUCUCUACACCCUCCACAUGAUUAAGCCUUAAAGCUUGGGGAAAUCUGAUGGAUGUGGGUGCUCGUUUUGUUGUUAAAGUCUGCCGUAAAUACUUCUCAAGCAGGAAGAAACUUUCUGGGAUCCUACUUACCACACUGUCACGUAUCUGUUAUCGUAUGAAACGCUCCCUUCCCCAGACAGUGAGUUUCUUAAGCGCAGAGACUGGGUAUUAGGUGUUAUGUAUCCCCAGUCUCCGCCCGGUGUCAGGCAGAUAAUGGAGGCUCAGUACAUGAUGAAGCAGGAGGGUCAAGUCUUUUUGAUGCUCAUGGGGCUCCCCAGGAAGGGCAAUGACCUUUCUCUUUUUCUAGGACCAAGCAGGUUACCCCAGUCCUGCUCCGGGGGCCAAGAACUCUUUGACCAGCCUUGAGUCAUCGUGAGUGCAUCUCAGUCCACGUGGGGCAGGCUGGAGUGCAGACCGGCAAUGCCUGCUGGGAGCUCUGCUGCUUGGAACAUGGGAUCCAACCAGAUGGGCAGAUGCCCAGCGACAAGACAAUCAGGGGAGGGGAUGACUCCUUCAACACCUUCUUUAGUGAAACUGGGGCUGGCAAACACGUGCCCCGGGUGGUGUUUGUGGAUCUGGAGCCCACUGUGAUUGAUGAGGUUCGGACGGGCACGUAUCGCCAGCUCUUCUGUCCAGAGCAGCUCAUCACUGGCAAGGAAGAUGCUGCCAAUAACUAUGCCCGUGGCCACUACACCAUCGGAAAGGAGCUCAUCGACCCGGUGCUGGACCGGAUUCAGAAGCUGGUGAGAGAAGAGCUGAGGGCUGGGGGAAUCUGGAUUCCUGUUGUGAAGUGGUCUGGAGACCAGACAAGGGAAGGGCACCUUCCAUCCUUGGGAGAGUCUCCUGGACAAGCAUUAAACACACAGGAUCAGGACUAGUGAGGAGGGGAGGCAGAGUAUGAGCUCCAGCCUGGAGCUGGGUGUCCCUUUUAUCUUCUAUAGUAAGUGGCCCGAUGCUGGGCAGAGUGGCUGCCAGUUGAUAGGCUGCCUGGCCAAGAUAUGAGCACCCAUAAGCAGUCCCAGAAUGCCACCUUGUAUUGUAGGUAUGUGGGCAGAAGGCCCUGUGAAAAACAGGGAUCCAAACAAUACCAGCUCAAGGCCCUCUGAUCAACUUCAGCCUCCAGCAAGGACAGGGAUCAGGUUCCUGGGCUGUUCAUCUCAGUAAGGAAGCCCUCCAGAAACAUCUGGUUAGAUCAGGGGGCACGGGUAGGAAGCCGGGUGGAGUUGGCAAGUUAUGAUGACAAAAAUGACCAUGGCACAAGAGUCAAGAGAGCUGUCUGUGGAAGGCUUCAGGAGGUUUGAGAGAGGAAGAGAGACAAGGAGGAGAGAGUGGGACCUCCUUAUCAGGGUCUAUUUUGUGCCCUUGGAAAAGUCUUCCAAGGAUUUUAUGAAACUUUUGGGGAAAU